AUGGCGGUGGAUCUCACCCCGAGGCAGCCGGCGAAGGCGUACGGCGGCGAGGGCGGCGCCUACUACGAGUGGAGCCCGGCCGAGUUGCCCAUGCUCGGCGUCGCCUCCAUCGGCGCCGCCAAGCUCUCGCUCGCCGCCGGCGGCAUGUCCCUCCCCAGCUACUCCGACUCCGCGAAGGUCGCCUACGUCCUCCAAGGCAAGGGAACCUGCGGCAUCGUCCUGCCGGAGGGCACCAAGGAGAAGGUGGUCGGCGUCAAGGAGGGCGACGCUCUGGCGCUCCCGUUCGGCGUGGUCACUUGGUGGCACAACACCCCGGGGUCCGCCACGGAGCUCGUCGUCCUCUUCCUCGGUGACACCUCCAAGGGCCACAGGCCCGGCCAGUUCACCAACUUCCAGCUCACGGGCGCUAGCGGCAUCUUCACCGGCUUCUCCACAGAGUUCGUCGGCCGCGCCUGGGACCUCAAGCAGGACGACGCCGCCAAGCUCGUCUCCAGCCAGCCAGCCUCCGGCAUCGUCAAGCUCUCGGCCGGGCAGAAGCUCCCCGAGCCGGUCGCAGAGGACCGCAAGGACAUGGCGCUCAACUGCCUGGAGGCCAAGCUCGAUGUGGACAUCCCCAAGGGCGGCCGCGUGGUGGUGCUCAACACGGCCAACCUGCCGCUGGUGAAGGAGGUCGGGCUCGGGGCCGACCUGGUCGUCGGCCCCGACGGCAAGCGCGUCCUGGAGACCCGCAUUGAGGGCGGCAGCCUCUUCAUCGUGCCCCGCUUCCACGUCGUAUCCAAGAUCGCCGAUGCCUCCGGCAUGGAGUGGUUCUCCAUCAUCACCACCCCCAACCCGAUCUUCAGCCACCUGGCGGGGAAGACGUCGGUGUGGAAGGCGAUCUCGCCGGAGGUCCUGGAGGCGUCGUUCAACACGACGCCGGAGAUGGAGAAGCUCUUCCGGUCCAAGAGGCUCGACUCGGAGAUCUUCUUCGCCCCCAACUAG